CUAUUCUUGCUGAUGUUUUAUGUGGACAGAGUAGUUCUGUAUAAAAGAAAGGUUCCCCGGAUGUGUCCAACAAUCAAAGGAUGGACAACAAGACUUUUGAGGGAUCGGGAGAAUGAUGAAGUGAAAUCAGGAGGCUUUGGGUUUGGGGAUGUGGACGGCCCUGUAAAGAAAGAAAGGAAAUGCAGUGAUGAAGAGUUUGAAUAUGGCAACACAAGGCAGCAGGCUGCCAUGGAGUGUGAAGAAAGUUUGGGUGAGGACUUGAUGGUGAAGUUUGCCAAAAAAACAAAUGUACUUGUUCAAGCUACAAGUGACAUAAUGUUGAUGUUUGAA